AGCUUCUAAAGCUCUCUCUCUCUCUCUCUCUCUAUAUAUAUAUUAUUUCCCUCCUUGUUCUUACAACAAGCUUCACCAUGGCUCAACAACUCCACGUGGCAAUGCUUCCAUCUCCGGGGAUUGGCCACCUCAUCCCUCUCGUCGAGUUCGCCAAGCGUCUAGUGACAGCCCACGAUUUUACCAUCACGCUGGUGGUUCCGAUCGAUGGACCUGUACCUUCAAAGACCCAAAAGUCAGUACUGAGCGCCUUGCCGGAGGCAAUCGACCAUGUGUUCCUCCCACCGGUUAACUUCGACGACCACCCAGAUGGGACAAAGAUCGAGACCAUUAUCAAUCUCACCGUGACACGCUCUCUCCCAGCUCUCAGAGACGUUUUGAAGUCCAUGUUCUCGCGUUUCGGCUCGGUCCGCGCUCUUGUCGUCGACAUUUUCGGCACCGACGCUUUUGAUGUCGCACGAGAGUUCAACAUGUUGUCGUAUAUCUUUUUCCCGACAACAGCCACGGGCUUGUCUCUUCUCCUCCACUUGCCGGUUCUCGACGAAACUGAGUCGUGUGAGUUCAGAGAGCUUUCUGAGCCGGUAAGAAUCCCAGGUUCUAUUCCGAUCCCCAGUACGGAGUUUCCUGAACCACUUCAGGAUAGGAAAAACGACGCUUACAAAUGGACCCUUCACAAAGCGAAACGGUAUCGUUUAGCUGACGGUAUUGUGGUGAAUUCUUUCUUGGAAUUGGAGUCCGGAACAAUACCAUCCUUGACGAAGAGUGAGCCAGGUAAGCCGCCGGUUUACCCAGUUGGGCCGUUGGUGAACAUGGAACCGACCACGGAGGCUGACGACUCAAAUUGUCUGACGUGGCUUGACAAGCAGCCACAUGGCAGCGUCUUAUUCGUUUCUUUUGGGAGUGGAGGGUCCCUCUCGUCGGAGCAGAUUAAUGAGCUAGCUUUUGGAUUAGAAAUGAGUGCGCAAAGAUUCUUGUGGGUGGUGAGGAGGCCCAACGAUAAUGUCUCAAACGCCACUUAUUUUAGCGGGACAGCCCAAAACGAUUCGUCGUUUGAUUUCUUACCAAACGGUUUUCUGGAGCGAAUCGAAGGGAGGGGUCUUGUUGUGCCAUCUUGGGCCCCACAGUCCAAAAUUCUGAGCCAUGGCUCGACGGGUGGGUUCCUGUCCCAUUGUGGGUGGAACUCCACGCUGGAGAGCGUGUUCAAUGGCGUGCCGCUCGUGGCUUGGCCACUCUUCGCGGAGCAGAGAUUGAACGCUUUUUUGUUGACCCAAGAAAUUAAAGUGGCGUUAAGGCCUAAAGCGGGUGAGAACGGUGUCGUUCAAAGGGAAGAAAUUGCCAGAGUGGUUAAGUCUCUUCUAGAAGGGGAAGAGGGUGAAAAGCUCAGAAACCGAAUGAAGGACCUUAAAGAAGCUGCGGCUAAGGCUUUGAGCCCAAAUGGGGCUUCUACUAAAGCACUAUCUGAGGAGACUGGCUUUUGAUGAAGAAGGGGAAUGAGGUCAUAAUUUGUGGAGAUUUCUUGUAGAUCUUUUUUUAUCACUAAAGAGCUGUGCAAGAUGAAGUCUCAUGUGUGAUUUUGAAUGAGAGAUUGAAAUGAGGAAUCUUAUUUUUUACUAUGACUCUUCUACUCCAAUU